AUGGUUAAGAUCACCGGCUACGAGACCCAUGAUGUACGCUUCCCGACGUCUCUCACUGGAGACGGGACGGAUGCCAUGAAUACGGACUGCGACUACUCCUCCGCAUACGUUGUGUUGAAGACCGAAUCAGACCUUGUUGGCUAUGGGAUGACGUUCACGAUCGGCCGCGGUAAUGAUAUCGUGUGUUCAGCGAUCAAGGAGGUCGCCAACAGGCUUGUAGGAAAGGACACCGAAGUGCUGUUCGCAGACAUGGGCAAGACGUGGGACUUCAUGAUGGCGGACCCUCAGUUGCGGUGGAUUGGACCUGAAAAGGGAGUGAUCCACAUCGCGUCCGGUGCGGUGAACAACGCUCUCUGGGAUUUGUACGCUCGUUCGCGUAAGAAACCCCUAUGGAAACUUGUGGUCGACUUCACGCCUGAAGAGCUAGUGAGGUCAGCAGCGUUCCGAUAUAUCUCAGACGCGGUUACGAAAGAAGAAGCACUUGCGAUGCUGAAGGAAAAGGAGGCUGGGAAGAAAGAACGCGAGGAGAAAGUUCGAGAGCUCGGCUAUCCUGCAUAUGUCACAUCCGCGGGUUGGCUGGGCUAUACCGAUGAAAAGGUUGCUCGUCUUACCAAAGAAGCCGUGCAAGCGGGUUUCAACCACUUCAAGAUGAAGGUCGGUGCAGACCAAGCGGACGACCUUCGCCGUGGCAAGUUGAUCCGUUCGAUCAUCGACGACCCGCAGUACCUUCCGCCCGGACUCAAGCCUCGUGAUCCCGACAGCGAGGAGUUGAAGGGCAAGAACGCAGGUCCGACUGGGGCGGUGUUAAUGAUCGACGCGAACCAGGUGUGGGAUGUCCAACAGGCGAUCGAUUACGUGAAAGGUCUCGAGGAAAUCAAACCCUGGUUCAUCGAGGAGCCAACUGCGCCAGAUGACAUCCUCGGACAUGCAGCUGUCCGCAAGGCGCUGAAGCCCCAUGGGAUCGGCGUUGCCACCGGCGAACAUGCACACAACCGCAUGACCUUCAAGCAACUCUUGCAAGCGGAGGCCAUCGACGUUGUUCAGAUAGAUUCCUGUCGGUUGGCUGGGGUGAGCGAGGUCCUCAGCGUACUGCUCAUGGCUGCAAAAUUUGGUGUGCCGGUAUGCCCGCAUGCUGGCGGUGUAGGACUCUGCGAAUACGUCAUCCAUCUCAGCCUAAUAGACUACAUCGCCGUAUCUGGCACGAUGGAGCGGAACGUGCUCGAGUUCGUCGAUCAUCUCCACGAGCACUUUGUCACCCCGUGUUCCAUCAACUCCCGAGGGAGAUACAACGUGCCUACGAACCCCAACGAGGGCUAUAGCAUUGAGAUGCACAAGUCGAGCAUCGCUGAGUAUGAAUGGCCCGAUGGGACAUAUUGGCAGAGCAAGAAAGGCGUCUGA